UCAAGAUGGCCGACUUCAAGCACGCUUAUGCCCAGUCCGUAAGUCAAGAAAUUCAAGAUUCAAGAGAAGAAAAGCCGAACAAGAAAGACAUGGUCGUUGAAGUAACUGAACCGGGAUAUGAAGACGAAGUGAGCGAAGAAUUUGACCCGUGGGCCUUGCCAAAUCUCAAACCUACUGGCCCAAAGUGGUCAGAAUUGGAUUCUGCUGGCAAAUUCAAGAGAGCUGCUUGGCUGGUUACAAGACUAGUUCUAUUUUUGGGUCUCCUGUACAUGUUCAUAUGUUCUCUGAGUUUCCUGAGCAGUGCUUUUAGACUCCUUGGCGGAAAAGCAGCAGGCGAAGCUUUCAGUUCAAACGCCAUUCUUUCGAAUCCUAUCGCUGGUUUGAUGAUUGGAAUACUCGCCACUGUCUUGGUUCAGAGUUCGUCUACAACAACGUCCAUCGUUGUAGCUAUGGUUGCUGCCGACAUUAUAAAUGUUGAGCCUGCCAUUCCAAUAAUCAUGGGUGCCAACAUCGGAACAUCUGUUACCAACACCAUAGUGUCCCUGGCCCAAGCAGCAGAGAGAAAUGAGUUUAGAAGAGCUUUUGCUGGUGCUGUUGUCCAUGAUAUCUUCAACUGGUUGUCAGUUGUGGUCUUCCUUCCCCUCGAAGCAGUAUCCCAUUACCUGUUCCAUUUGACAAAAGUUAUAAUUGAUGCAAUGGAUCUUCGUAAUACCAAAACCCAGAAAAAGGAGUUUCUUAAAGUGAUAACAAAACCAUUCACCAAUGUGAUCAUACAGUUGGACAAGAAAGUCAUCCAAAAUAUUGCACUGAACAAAGAUGUUCCUGCCACCCAAUCCUUACUCAAAAAGUGCUCAGAGGAAAAGACAGUUGUAGCAAAUUUUACCAAACUAGUUAAUACAUCCGCUGGAGUAUUGAAAAACCAGACGAGUGAAGCCAGUGUUAUUAGCAAAGUUCCUGUGAAAUGUGAAUAUCUGUUUGAAGAUACUGGAAUGAGUGAUACCACCAUAGGAAUAAUUCUUUUGGUCAUCUCUCUGUUCAUUCUAUGUGUCUGCCUGGUUCUAAUAGUCAAAAUCCUCCAUUCUCUUCUCAGAGGACAGAUUGCUGUUGUAAUCAAAAGAACUGUUAAUUCAGACUUCCCAAAGCCAUUCCACCACMUGACRGGGUACUUUGCCAUUAUUGUUGGUGCUGGCAUGACAAUUCUUGUACAGUCCAGUUCCAUUUUCACUUCAGCUCUAACACCUUURAUUGGAGUUGGUGUUGUGUCCAUUGAGAGAGCAUUUCCCCUCACCCUUGGUGCCAAUAUUGGAACUACUGGUACUGGAAUCCUAGCAGCAAUGGCCAGCGACUCAAAGACCCUACAUAAAUCCUUGCAGAUAGCCCUGUGUCAUCUCUUCUUCAACAUCUCUGGUAUUCUACUUUGGUAUCCCAUCCCCUACAUGCGCCGAAUUCCAAUCAACUUUGCCAAGUACCUUGGAAAUACCACAGCCCAGUACAGAUGGUUUGCUGUUGCAUAUCUUAUCUUUGGAUUCUUUCUCCUUCCUGCUUCCAUCUUUGGCCUUUCAUUGGCUGGCUGGCAAGUUCUGGUUGGAGUAUUAACCCCAAUUCUUCUCUUUCUGGUGUUCAUUCUCACUGUUAAUCUGCUUCAACGUAAAAAGCCCAGUGUAUUACCAGAGAAACUUAAAACCUGGGAAUGGGCACCAAAAUGGACUCGUUCUCUUGCACCACAUGACAAAGUGCUAACUAAAGUAUAUGAAAUUGGUAAAGACACUUGCAGUAAAACCACAACCAGAACUAUUGAGCACAGCGAAAAUCCAGCUAGAAAAAGUGAAACGAUGGUAUAGUGGGCUCUUGGUAUCCAAAAUUUGGCAGCUGCAAUCUAUUUUCAUAUAAAAGUAGCCAUGAGUAUCUCUAGUCCCAUUAAUUUAGUUUCAGUUAGAAUAUUUAUUUGCGUUAACAUGUGUUGCUUCCUUUUAUAGGAUGGAGUGAUGUGAUGUUUGUGGAGAUAUCAUAGAUACAAUAUUGUCUAAACAAAAUCCCUCUAUGAUAUCUACUCCAAACAUCACAUUAUUUGUUGGUAAUGUAUUUAUACUAAAAAUAUGAAUUUGAAAAAAAAUGAAAUAAAAGGUCAAAACUUGAAGCCAAAUUGGCUUUAAAAUAGUUAAAAGAAGGUGAGUGCUUAUUUUAUACUUAGUUUUAUUGUGUAAAAAGUGAUUAAUAAGAAAUAAACUUAAAAAAAGGUAAAGAACAACAGCACAUGGUCACUGAAUAAUAAUACAUUGCACUGUGAAUAAUACUAUUAUUAGAUGCUAUUGUUAUUUGAUUUGGUAAUAAAUAUUGCUUAUAUUUUGGGAA